UAUCCGCUUCCAGCAGAGGGCACUGUUUUAGCUUUCAUUUGAGUUUUUGCACUGUACUGGUUACAGUAAUUGAUAGAUGAUACAGAGCAGCGAUUUGUGGGAAACUCAGUUUGACCUUCAAUCUCACCAACUUUCAUCAUCAGGCUUGUGUAACGUUUGUGUCUCUACGUGUGUUUGUGUGUGAGCAAUCGUGUGAUCCAGGAAAUGACCAUAAAUGGUAAGAAGGGUAAUGAGUCACUGGGGACAUUCAUCAUGCAGCUUCAGGAGAAACCUGGCCCAGGUGGAUUUAGGGGUCGGGCUUGGUUAAUUGUUAGUGUGCUGGCAGUUAACGUCUUGCUCAGAGGCCUUCGUGUGAGCGUGUUUGAGGGCUGACAAACAGGUUUCGGGCCCUGACUCAAGAGAGGCGUUUUCUUGGUUGGCCCCGCCUCUUUGAGCGAGGCCAUAUGUAGCCGCUCUUCUCCCGGUCCUCCCCCAUUGAGAAAGUCACUUGGCUCCUCACGCGACAUCACAAGAAACAGUCGAAGAAGCAAAAAAAAGAGCAGACGUCGGCCAUGGUGUCCGCGGGUUUCCAGAUCCUGGGCGCCGCCCUAGGACUGAUCGGUUGGAUCGGUGCCAUCGUGGUGUGCGCGCUGCCCAUGUGGCGCGUGACGGCCUUCAUCGGAAGCAACAUUGUGACGGCGCAGACGUCAUGGGAGGGCGUCUGGAUGAGCUGCGUGGUGCAGAGCACGGGGCAGAUGCAGUGCAAGGUCUACGACUCCAUGCUGGCCCUCAGCUCCGACCUCCAGGCGGCGCGGGCCCUGCUGAUCAUCGCCAUCAUGGUGGGCAUCCUGGCCAUCCUGCUGUCGGUGGCGGGUGGCAAGUGCACCAACUGCGUGAAGGACCCGGCAGCCAAGGUCAAGGUGGGCUUGGCGGGCGGAGUGGUCUUCAUCGUGGCCGGCGUGCUGCUGCUGAUCCCCGUGUGCUGGACGGCGCACACGGUGGUGCGCGACUUCAACAACCCGCUGGUGGCCAGCGCCCAGAAGCGAGAGCUGGGCGCCAUGACGUCCGUGGGCCUGCAACUGUUGGGCGCGUUCCUGGUGAUUGUGGGCUUCUUAGGUGCCAUCUUGACGUGCGCGCUUCCCAUGUGGCGCGUGUCCGCCUUCAUCGGCAGUAACAUCGUGACGGCGCAGGUGUUCUGGGAAGGUUUAUGGAUGAACUGUGUCAAGCAGAGCACCGGACAGAUGCAGUGCAAGGUCUACGACUCUAUGCUGGCGCUGCCCAGCGAUCUGCAAGCAGCGCGCGCCUUGGUGGUGAUCGCCAUCUUGGUGGUGGUCGUGGGACUUCUGCUGGUCGGCGUCGGCGGUAAAUGCACGAACUGCCUGGAGGAGGAAGCAGCCAAGACUCGUGUGGCGGCGGCGGCUGGUGUGCUGUGCGUGCUGGGCGGAGUCUUGCUGAUUAUCCCCGUGUCUUGGUCGGCGCACGUGGUGAUCCGCAACUUCUACAACCCGUUGCUGGGCGACGCGCAGAGGCGGGAGCUGGGUGCCUCGCUCUUCAUCGGCUGGGGAGCCGCUGGCCUGCUGUUCAUCGGAGGGUCGCUUUUCUUGGGAAAGUGCGCCUCCCGCCGGGACGGCAGAUACUCCGUCAAAUACUCUGCGCCCCGCUCUGCCCCUGGUGGGGGCGCUUACGUCUGACCCCUGCGUACGGAC